GGCCACGUAGCUUCCUAGCUAACUGCAGCGAUAGCGACGUUAGGUUAGCGGGCUAAGUGGAGAAAAAGAGGAAAAAAGAUAACAUUAUAUGUAUUUUAAAACGUGAAACUAAGCCGUAAUUAUUGUUAUAGUCACUUUAAUAUUACGUAGUUUAUAUGUGGAGCUGGGAAGUUUGACUAUUAAGAGUUAAAAUACAUCCUACGUGAACCGUUGCUUCCAGCCAAAGUUAUUGCAUAGCAAGUUGCCGCAUAAUGGAGACAGAUGAGUCCGAUUCCGAGUCCAUGGUGAUGGAGAGCCAUGUGAGUCCCCAGGCUGAGCAGGAGGAAGCUGCUGAGGAGACACAUGUGACGGAACUGAAGCCUUGCAGUGUUAUGCUGGACCGUCUUGAAGGUGACAAGACUGAAAAAACAGAGCUUGAAGACAAAGAAGAUAUGAACCGGAAGGGAGGCAAACCCGUCUCCAGAAUCCCAACCUUUCAUAAACGGCCUACCGGCGUGAGCCAGAACACAGAGCUUCCUGUUCCCAAAAAAGACCCUCCUGCCAGUGUAGUUCCUGAGAUGGCUGGAAGUGGAAGUGUGGAGGUUUCAAAGUCCAAACUGCCAGAUGUCAGAGAACGAGUACUUCCCCCGCCAUCAGUACGAGCCCCCACCACUGGCUUUGAUGGCCCCUCUGCAUUCACCGGUACGGAAUCCACAGCAUAUAGCUCGUUAAUCACUGGACCCAAGAUCAGGAGUUUGUUGGAGUCUGUGCAAAACCCUCUGAUGACUGUAAGCCCAAGACCUGCGAUCAGACCAGGACAUGACCAAGAAGUGAGUGAAUCUCCUGAAGUGAAGCCUGACGUCCCUGUAGCUCACCUUCCACAUGAGCAUUCCCCCGGCCACAAGUUGCAGCGCAAUGAAGCAGAGAAGACAGAGCCUGAGAUCAAAAGCAUGAUGGCUCCUCCUGACUCUGGUCAUCUGAAUCUGGAGUCUGGGGAGCCUGCUCAGGUAACGGAGGAGAUACCAGACACAGUGGACGCCAUUAUGGAUGAAGAACCGCCGUGGGAGACAGAGCCCAGUAAUGUCCUAGAACUAAAGGUCAGUGAAUCGUCAUCAGAGGCUGAAUGUGAAGAAGACGGCCAUGAUUCAGAGCAGCAGAGUGACCUCCAGGAGAUGCAGGUUAUCCCCACACAGGUUGCAAGUCUUGCAGAGAAAAAAGCCAGCAUUGAUGAAUUCCCAUCAAGUGCAACCCAGGAGAUGCCCGCUAAGGCUGGAUCAACCCGGUCAAAGAAGAGGUCAACAUUCUGCAGCUUUGCCCUCCUCUGCUUCCUGCCCACCGCCUUGUUGAUUCUGGGAGGGUUUGGUCAGCACGUCUGGCACUACGGCCUUCCCUUGUCUGUGGCCCAGCUCACAGCCCAGUUGGAGCUGCACUGGCUGGAGGGCCUCAGGCUAAUGCCAGAGCCUUGUAGCACUGACUGUCGAGUUCACCUGGUAGAGAGCAUCCCUGCUGGUCUAUACGAGUCCUCUCCUCCACCCCAUCAGAGCAUCGCACAGAGCUGGCUCCGACUCCUGCACAAAGCCAACAGCUCCGUCCACAUCGCUGCCUUCUAUUUCACACUACGCAGCAGCGACAUGGACUCGUCUGACUAUGAGGGCAAAAUGGUCUUCAAGCACCUGAAAAAACUUGAAUCCAAAGGUGUGAGGUUGCAGAUUGCUGUCAAUGCACCACAGACCUCAACCCAAGACACAGCAGACCUGGCUGCAUCAGGUGCAGAGGUGAGAGAAGUGAACCUGAAGGCUGUAACCGGAGGCAUCGUCCACACCAAGCUGUGGGUGGUGGAUCAAACUCACCUGUACGUGGGCAGCGCUAACAUGGACUGGAGGUCUCUGACUCAGGUGAAGGAGGUGGGUCUGCUGGUGGAGGACUGCAGCUGCCUGGCUCAGGACGCCUCUCGGAUCUUUGACGUGUACUGGAGUAUCGGUGGGACCACCAACGGCUCCCUCCCCCCAUACUGGCCCGCUCGCCUCUCAGCGCUCUCCAACUCCCAGAAUCCCCUGCAACUGAAAUUCAAUGGCGUGCCUGCUCAAGUCUACCUGUCUAGUGCUCCUCCUCAGGUCUCCACUCGUGGUCGUUCUGAUGACCUCACCACCAUCCUGUCUGUCAUUGAUGAUGCUCAGGAGUUUGUUUACAUCUCUGUGAUGGACUUCAUCCCACUGUCUGAGUUCACAACGCCGCUCAGGUUCUGGCCUGCCCUGGACUCUGCUCUGCGUUCUGCAGCCUGUACCAGAGGGGUUCAGGUCCGGCUGAUGGUCAGCUGCUGGGAACACUCCAGUGCCUCCAUGUUCAUCUUCCUCCAGUCUCUGGUGGUCCUCAACAGACCUCCUCUGAGCUGUGACAUUGAAGUGAAAGUGUUCACGGUGCCUUCAACAGCAGAGCAGAAGAAGAUCCCCUACGCACGAGUCAAUCAUGCCAAGUACAUGGUCACAGAUCGAGUACUCUAUAUAGGCACAUCCAACUGGUCUGAGACCUACUUCACACAGACUGCAGGUGUGGGUCUGGUUGUGAACCAGACGGGUUCUGAUGUCCGAGCGGGCCAGCAGACCCUGCAGAGCCAAGCAGAGGAGCUGUUCCUGCGAGACUGGACGUCCCAGUACUCCGGUCCGCUGACUGUGGACCAGCAGCACGUCUGCUCUCACCGCUCACUCUGACACCGCUGUCAUCCAAACCUGCCAUGUUGAACAUUAGCGUCUGCUUCUCCUGCUACUUGAAUUGGAACUGAAUCUGCUUUCUGCACUAUGUUUACUACAGUUUUCUGUAUAUAGGAGCUUUUUUAAGUUGAGUUGAAUGUGUUAUUUUUAUACUCUGUAAUUUUCUGACUUCUUAUAAGGGUCCUAUGCUGUGUACAAUUAAUUUUAUGCCUGGAGCAUUGUGUAUAUUUCCGCUAAAGGUGCAAAGCGUUAAUGCAGGGAAUCCCAGGUUUCCAAAGAGAAGCAUGAGGCAGUAGUUCGUGGAGGCUGUCCGCAGCGCUGUACAUCCACGUCUUAUACUGUCAGUUCUAGGUUGAUGUAAAUACUAGUCAAAUCUGGAUGUGCAUGUUUGGUAGUGCGAUAAUUCCUACUUUUACAUUUCUGUUUCUGUUCUAUUUCUGUGUUCACAUCUCAUUGUUCCUGUGGUGUUGCUUUUGUUUCCCUCGUUCUUCCUUUGUACCCAGUGUUUGCUUGAACCUGUCCUUGUCAGCUCAUUGAAAACGCUGCUUAAACAGUUUUAACUGUUCAACAAUAGGACCUCCCAGAGAUUUAACAAGCCUUUGGUGAAUUCCUGCCAAACGGAUGGAUGUACUGAGCAAAUAAAAGCUGUGCCGUGGUUGGUCAUCUCAGAGCUUCUGUAGCCGGCAGCUACAGCUAUGAAAUAAAGAUUAGUGUUCAGU